AUGGGAUCUCUGUUUCCUUGUCUUGGAGAUGAAAUUGGGUGGGAAUGUCUGGUGAGGGUGGAGUUGAAUUCUCAUCACAAUCUUAGGUGUGUAUGCAAAAGCUGGAAUGCCGCAUUGAAAAGCCCCCAUUUUUAUCAAGAAAGAAAAAGAUUGAGGAUUUCCGAGCAACGCAUUUGUAUAUUGCAUGACACACCAGGCCCUCGCGACAGAGUAAGUUUAUACGACCUGGCGGAGAAGUCGUGCAAAACCCUAGCCAUUCCUGCAGAAAUCUACGCCAUCGAACAUUGCCAUUUCGUGAAACAAAAACUGGUUUUCAUCACGCAUAUGUCUCUCCACUGUGGAAGAAAUUGUGUAUGGUUAUAUGAUUUUGCUUGUUCCAAAUGGCGGCAGGGUGCCAAAGCGCCUAAAUUGAGGACUGAAUUUGCCACCGCAGCAGAUGAGGAGGGGGGACUCAUUUAUAUGGCUGGAGGGCAUAGCAGGCUUCGUGAACCCAUCCGUAGCGCUUCAGUUUACAAUGUGGAGGAGGACAAGUGGGUUGUUCUGCCCGACAUGAACACCAACAUGAACAACUUUAGAGGUGUUUUUGCUGAUGGCAAGUUUUAUAUAAUGGACAACCGGUAUUGUCGCACUAUUGAAGUUUUUGAUCCCUACACAAGAAGCUGGAAAACUAUGGAGAAUAGAUUCAGUAAUUCGCAUUAUUUCUUAAGUGCAUUUGGGCGCUUGCAUUGCUUUUCUGAUAAGGGACUGAUUGAAUAUGAUUAUAGCCAAGAUAAAUUGAACAUUGUAGGGACUUUUCCCACGGAGGAUUGGCACCUAAAUAUUGUUUUCACUGUAGUGUUUGGCGAUAACAUCUUUGUUUGCAGAUGGGAUACCGUUCAAGGUCGAUCUUUUUAUCUGCUUGCACCUCCAAGUGAGAGAGGAGGAGUAUUCAAGUGUAUUGGCAUUGACGGACCUUUGGGCUUUCAGGGUUAUUCUAUACAUGCUGCUACCUUGGAUCUUUGA